AUGUCGAUUGAUUCCUAUUUAAGCGCUAGGUUUCCCGGUGAGGUUCAUUUUGUUUCCAUUGCCUAUAUCGAGCGAUCACCUCUUACCGGCCCAGAAUCUGCUAGUUUCAAUGCAUUCCACGUUUUUGAAUGUUCUGCUGAGAGUGCCUUCACUUCGUCCUGUUCACCUCGCGUCGCAGCACCUCAAGCUCCAUCUAUCGACGCUGACAUCAUCAGUAAACGUUGA